AUGCUCCAUGUGGGACUGUUGAGCACCGCUGAGGAGAUAAACGCGGUCUCCGGGCGCAUGGUGGGCGGGGACGUGCCAGCGAAGGACCUUGCAGAGGCGCAGCGACACAUGCGGCUCAUUCAGCGGUUGAGGAGAACACAACGGCAGCGCUACGUGAGGGAGGCGCAGGCGAUGCAGCAGCAGCGGAGGCAGCGGAGAUCCGCGGCCGCGUAUUGGGAAGCCGCACUCGCCAACUUUGCCAAGACCAAUCGAGCUAAGUUGUGCUCCCUCGUGCUAGGAUGUGGGACGCCGCCGCUGCUGCGGCUGCCAACGUGGGUGAUGGCUCUUGGCAACGCACGAAAACUCGCAAGGGCGGACUUUGAGGCCGCACAGCGCAAGGCGCUGGACCGCGUCCGGGAGGAGGAAGAGGCGGCGGCCGCACAAGACGCAUUGAAUGGAUUCCCCGCCGCUGCCGUCAACCUUCCGUUUGGGAAGUGCGUCUCAAGGAUUGCCGAGGAGCUGGCGGGGGAGCUGCCGCGCCCUCAGCGGAGGGCGCAGGGCGCACCCAACGUUCUCCGCGCGAAGUUUCCCUCCGUGAGAGGGACGGCCGCAGUGGAUCAGGAGAAUACGCCGCGGGGCGAGCGUGAACGUCCCUGUGGUGCCUCGGCCGGGGGCGCCAAACCCCCACUACCCAUCUCAGAGUGCCGCGUCACCGCGUUCUUGGGGGUGACGCACAUGGAGGAGGCGAAUGGGGCCGCGGACGAGGCGGCAGGAGCUACCACGCCUGUCGCGUGCGACAAUAAUAGCACGAGGGGGGUUGAGGAGGAAGAGGGGGAGAAUCACGGCGUAACGGUGAGUCGAAGCCCGUCGUUUUCAAACGUAAGCUCCUGCCUGCGCAAGAACUCACACGACGGCGCAGAAACUGCCGUCGAUUCCUUCUUCUCUUCAUUUGACCCCAACGCGAUGACCCCCAUGCAAGUCGGGGACGAUGAGGAAAGGGAUCUAUUUUUAUCUUCCCUGCUGAGUGAGGGUGUUCUGCGACAGGUGGAGCUGCUGCUCCGAACACACAUGGAGCUUCGUCCGGAGGUUGGGUACGUAAAGGGCAUGUCUUGCCUGGCGAUGAUGCUCGCAGUCGUUGUCACGGAUCCGUGGGAGUUGUGUGUGUGCUUUUCUAGCCUGGUGGAGUACGCCCACUUGGGGCCCUUCCUCCGGCGGCGGCAGCAAGGCGUUAUUCUCCACCUUGACAUAUUCGAUGCCGUCCUGCAAAAGGCGCAGCCGGCCUUGUAUGCGUUGUUGCAGCAGUACGGGGUGCCAUUGAACUCCUGCCUCUUGGACUGGUGGAACACAGUUUUUCUAGGAACUUUGCCGUAUGCGGCCGCCUUACGCGCUUGGGAUCUUUUCCUCUUGGACGAGCACUAUCUAUACCGCAUCACCCUCGCACUCCUGGUGUAUCGCUUUGGCCUCCACACCAAGGCCGCGCGGAGGUCCCUCCCACAGUCGUACCACUCGCAGCAAGAUCUGCAGCAGGCCUUAAAUCCAUCUAUUUCAGAGACCUACAUGAAUCAACAGCUUUUAUUUCGCAUUAUGGCGAGUGACGAGUUAUGUGGCAUUCGCAUGCGCUCUAUUCGCUCCAUUGUGGAGCGCGUGUCAAAGGUUCGUUUCUCGCAUUAA